AUGUCCACUCCGCCACCACUAUUAGACCCUUUUGUGCAACAGCAACCGCCGCCAAUGGUGGUGGCUGCUCAGCAGCAAGCCUAUGCAGCUCAUUCGGGUCACGGGUCAGUUGGACCAGUAAUUGCGGUUUUGGCCGUGAUAAGCAUACUUGGUGCGCUUGCUGUUAUGAUAGGUAGGCUGUGUUCCGGGCGGGGGGUAUUCGGUCAUGGGCCGCACUAUGACUUCGAAAGCUGGGUUGAAGCUAAGUGUUCCGCUUGUGUAGAUGGCCGUGUCGAUUCUCCGGUGCCACGACGGAUGUUGGCGGCAGAACACCGCAGUAGCAGCUCUUCCGGCGAUGCCAUCCCGGUGGCCGCGAGGGGAGUAGAAGCAGCUGAUCAAGAAAUGAACCAGGAGGAUCAAGAGACUACAUCUCAUCAUCCUACGCAUAAUCCACAGCCACAUCCAAGAGCUGAGGCUUGA